AUGAGGCAAGUCGUCCGCAUAUCGUCCCAAUACGUGCAUGUACCAAAAUCAGAACUCGACGAGGCGCAGCUUCGUCAACUAGAGGAGCAUGAGAUCAGCCAAGGGCCAUUGUCAGUAUUGCAACAGGCAGUCCGGAACCAUACACAAGUGCUCAUCUCGCUGCGAAAUAACAAGAAACUCCUGGCUCGCGUGAAGGCUUUUGAUCGUCACAGUAACAUGGUUCUCGAAAACGUGAAAGAGGUGAAUGGCGCGUCUGCAUUCAACGUUGACACUUACAAAGACCCCCUUCAGAUGUGGACAGAACUGCCCAAGGGUAAGAACAAGAAGCCUGUGAACAAGGAUCGCUUCAUCAGCAAGAUGUUUCUGCGCGGUGACUCCGUGAUUCUCAUUCUGCGUAAUCAAGCUUAG